AUGUAUAAGAUAAUAUUUUUUGUUCCCAAAGCAAGCUGUGAUAUCGUCAAAACUUCAAUGUUUAAAGUAGGGGCUGGUAGAAUGGGAGGUUACGAUAGUUGCUGUUUUGUUUCAUCAGGAAUGGGACAAUUUAGACCACUCCAAGGUAGCAACCCAACAAUAGGAAACAUUGGAAAUAUAGAAUAUGUCGAAGAAUAUAAAGUCGAAAUGGUUUGUGAUGAUAAUAUAAUAAAUGAUGCAAUCAAAGCUUUAAAGGAAUCACAUCCAUAUGAAGUCCCAGCAUAUGAGGUAUACAAACUUUUAGAUCUUUAA